AUUCGUCUUGCUUCGGCCAUAGGAUUCGGCAGAAGAAAGCAGUGUCCAAACACACAGAAAACUCCUGGUGAAGCAGCUGAGAUCCACGUUACAUACUGUUAUAAAGAUGGCGUUUAUUAAAGAGGAGAGUGAAGACUUCAGGAUUGAAGAAGUAUUCACAGUGAAACAAGAAGAUACCGAGGAACAAACGGACCUGAUGCCACUGAAAGAGGAGAGUGAAGUACUGAAUGAAAUGAAAGAGAAAGAUCAGUAUGAGAAACAUGAUUUCAUGACUGCCGGAAAUUCCAAGCAGACUGAAAAUACUUCUACACAAAAAAGAGUGCCAAAGACUGACCCUAACAGUUGUUUCACAUGCUUUAGGUGUGAUGAGAGUUUCAAUCAACAGGAAGACCUUAAAGUCCACAUGGUAAUUCACAGAGGAGAGAAGCCUUAUACCUGCAAAUACUGUGGAAAAGAUUUCCCUAAAAACGCAUACCUUAAAAGCCACAUGAGAGUUCAUACUGGAGAGAAGCCUUUUACCUGCCAACAGUGUGGAAAAAGUUUUGCUCAAAAAUCAACCCUUACCAGGCACAUGAGAAUUCAUACAGAAGAGAAGCCUUACAUCUGCGAACUGUGUGGAAAGAGCUUUAAGUGGAGCAUAAGCCUUACCUAUCAUAUAAACAGUCACACUGGAGUAAAGCCGUUCACAUGUGAUCAGUGUGGAAAAAGUUUUAGACGCAAGAAAAACCUUAGUUCCCACAUGAGAGUUCACUCAAGAAAGGACUGUUUUAUAUGUCAUGAGUGUGGAAGGAGUUUCUCUGACAUAACACACCUUAACAAGCAUGUAACAAUUCACUCUAAAGAGAAGAUUUUCAAAUGCCAACAUUGUGAAAAGAGAUUUAGAUUAAAAGUAGGCCUUAAGGUUCACAUGAGAAUUCACACUGGAGAGAAGCCUUACACAUGUCAUCACUGUGGAAAGACUUUCAGAUUUAAAGAAAGUAUUAAGACUCAUAUCAGACUUCACACUGGAGAGAAUCCUUACACAUGCUCUCAGUGCGGAAAGAGUUUCAAAUAUAAAGCAACCUUUAAAGCCCAUAUGAGAAGUCACACUGGAGAGAACCCAUACACCUGCAAACUGUGUGGGAAGAGCUGCUCACAAAAAGGAAAUCUUAAGAUUCACAUGAGAGUUCACUCCGGAGAGAAACCAUUCAAAUGCGUUCAGUGUGGAAAAUCUUUCACACGCAAAGAAUCCCUUGAUUACCACCUAAAGAUUCAUUCAAAAGAGAACUGUUUUAAAUGUCAUCAGUGUGGAAAGAGUUUCCCAGACAGAAAAAACCUUAAGAGGCAUGCAAUAAUUCACACAGGAGAGCAGCCUUUCACUUGCCAGCACUGUGGAAAGAGUUGCAGAUUUAAAGGCAACCUUAAGAGUCACAUGAGAAUUCACACUGGAGAGAAGCCUUUCAUCUGCCCUCAGUGUGGAAAGAGUUUCACAUUUAAAGGAAACCUUGAAGUUCACAUGAGAGUUCACACUGGAGAGAAGCCUUUUAGAUGUCUUCAGUGCAAGAAGAGUUUCACAUAUCAAAAAGAUCUGAAGCGUCAUUCAUUAAUUCAUUCUGGAAAGAAACUGAUGUGUUCUGAGUGUGGCAAGUGGUUUAGAAAAAGGAGCAAUUUCAAAAAUCACCUGUGUAUUCACUCUGAAGGAAGGUCAUUUAAACGUGAACAGUGUAAUAAAAGGUUUCGUUUGCCAUCACACUUACAGAUACACCUGAAAAGCCAUGCAGAUGUGAGACCCUAUUUGUGUUCCUUUUGUGGAAAGAGUUUUAAAUGGCUCAGCAAUUUAAAAUGUCACCAGAAAAUGCGUAUCUGUGUGAGAUCAAGGCUACGGUCACGCCGCAGAUGAAAGUGCGGCAAAUAUGAUUUUCUGAGGCUUUUAAAAAAAUUUGUCGUUUACAUAUGAAUGCCUGACCACAUCCUAUGCUAUAGCUUCCAAUAUUGAGUGAUUGUGGAAGACUGACUCUAAAUUCAAUUGUUUGGAUGCAUCUCUCAUGUAUUUGAUUCAGUUUAGUACCUUGGUAUCAAAAUAUUAGAUACAAUUCUGUCUUGCUGGGAAAUGCCACAAUGUAAAUGAAAACAAAAGGAUAAACUUAGUGGAAUUA